AUGUCGUCGUGUGCUGCUGUGUUGGAAUCGCUUUCCAAGUUAUCCAUUACGCCAAAGACAACUUCGCAUGAGGCUGCCGCUGACAACAAGACUUGGUCCUCUGCAUUGUCGGCUGCCAAUCCCGGCUUUGACUACCAGGUCACCAAGACUUUGAUUCUCAAGCCCAAGACUGCCAAAUCGGCUACUCCCACUCCAGUCGUCGCCAUUGCCCUUGACUCCACCGAGACCAACGUUACUGCUCUUGGCAAAAAGCUUGGUUUGAAAGAAUGCCGUUUCGCCAACGAGGAUUUCCUUCAGGGCACUUUUGCUGUAGCUAAGGAUGCUGUGUCUCCCUUUGUCUUGUCCAAUGUGGCUGACCUUUCUACUGUUCACUUGGUGGUGGAUGCCGCUAUUCUUGCAUUGCCUGGUUCCACUUUGAUUGCUUUCCGUCAAGGCGCAGCUGACAAGACUAUCUUCAUCACUGUGGAUGAUUUGAAGGCUUAUUUCAAGUCCAUUGGCAAGGAUGCUGUUGAGGUUGAUUUCAAGGAAUUGGCUGCUGCUGCUGCUGCUGCCAAACCCGCCAACAAGCCUGCCGGUAACAAGGCUGCUGCUGCUGCUCAAAAGCCUGCCAAGGAGGCUGCCGCUGCUGAGGAUGUCCAUCAAAUGGGUAUUGAGUUCAAGAAGGAUGUCGAUCUUCCAAAAUGGUAUCAACAGGUCUUGCUCAAGAGUGAAAUGUUGGAUUACUAUGAUGUGUCGGGCUGUUACAUUCUUCGUCCAUUGGCCUAUAAUGUUUGGAAGCAAAUCACCAACUUUUUCGAUGAUGCCAUUAACGAGAUGGGUGUUGAGGAUACCUAUUUCCCCAUGUUUGUCUCCAACCGUGCUUUGGAACGUGAAAAGGACCACAUUGAAGGUUUUGCUCCCGAGGUUGCUUGGGUCACCAAGGCUGGUCAAAGCGAUUUGGAAGAACCAAUUGCCAUUCGUCCCACCUCUGAGACUGUCAUGUACCCCUAUUUCUCAAAGUGGAUCCGCUCUCACCGUGAUCUUCCCUUCCGUAUCAACCAAUGGUGCUCGGUCGUUCGUUGGGAAUUCAAGAAUCCUCAACCUUUCCUUCGUACCCGUGAAUUCUUGUGGCAAGAAGGUCAUACCGCUCAUUUGACGCUUGAAGGUGCUGGCAAGGAAGUGCGUGAAAUUCUUGACUUGUAUGAACAAAUCUACAAUGAUUUGCUUGCAUUGCCUGUGGUCAAGGGUGUCAAGUCUGAAAAGGAAAAGUUUGCUGGUGGUUUGUACACUACGUCGGUGGAAGGUUUCAUUCCUGCUACGGGUCGUGGUAUUCAGGGCGGUACCUCGCAUUGCUUGGGUCAAAACUUUUCAAAGAUGUUCAACAUCACUGUGGAAGAUCCCAACGCUCCUGCCAAUGCAUCUGAAGAGGCCAAGAAGAUCCAUGUGUGGCAAAACUCUUGGGGUCUCUCGACUCGUACCAUUGGUGUCAUGGUGAUGGUUCACGGUGAUGAUAAGGGUCUUGUGAUGCCUCCUCGCGUGGCACUUAUUCAAUCUGUUGUUAUCCCUUGUGGUUUGACCGUCAAGUCGACUCAAGAGGAUACUGACAAGAUUCACAAUGCAUGCAAGGAUGUUGCUGCUCGUCUCAAGAAGGCUGGUGUAAAGUCAAAGGCCGACAUGCGUGACAAUUAUACCCCUGGCUUCAAGUUUAACCACUGGGAGUUGCGUGGUGUUCCCCUUCGUCUUGAGGUGGGUCCAAAGGAUCUCAGCAAGAAUCAGGUCACUGCCGUUCGUCGUGACAAUGGCGCCAAGUUUGCUAUCCCUCUUGACAACCUUGAAAAGGGUGUCCAAGAAGCUCUCGACACCAUCCAAAAUGACAUGUACCAACGUGCCAAGAAGCAGCUCGAUGACGCUAUUACCCGUGUUGACAAGUGGGAAGACUUUGUCCCUACCCUUAACGCCAAAAAGUUGUGCUUGAUCCCAUGGUGUGAUCGUGAAGAUUGCGAGGAAGAAAUCAAGGAUAAGUCCGCUCGAGUUGCUAUGGAAGGUGAAGAAGAGGACGAACGUGCUCCUUCCAUGGGUGCCAAAUCCCUUUGCAAGCCCUAUGCUCAACCCACUGAAAACCCCAUCAUCCCUGGUGAAACCAAGUGUGUUGGUUGUGGUCAAGAUGCCAAGCACUUUAUGCUCUUUGGCAGAAGCUACUAA